CCGCAACUUCCUUCAAAAUGGACAUGGAUGAGCUCCUCACCUACAUUGUGUCCCAUUGUGAGAAGAUCGACCUCAUAUAUGAAGAGAUUGGGACUUCUGAGAAAGCUCGCCGAGAGAAUACACAGUCCCUUUUCGAGUCUUUCGUCCACUUGAUGAAUCAACAAACGAAAACAAUUACAGACGAAAGAGAAUCAUUAAAGCGAAAAUGUCACGACGCUCUCAGCAAUGUAGCACGCUACAAACGACUAAUGGGGACGUAUGUUGAUGAAGACGUUAUGGAAACCCCAAAACGACCACUUCUAACUUGGCUAUCAGAGCUUUGCGAUAAAGAAGAAAUAUACCAGAGAAAAUACGAAGCGAAACUUGAUGGUCUCAAAGGUCUGCAUAAUCAUAUCAACGAAUUGCGAGAGGCAUUAGUAGACUUCGUCGAAAGCGAGCCAAUUGACGAUGGGGAUGCAGAUGUAUCAGAAUUAGCUAUACAGCAUGUUGAAAAGGAAAUCGACAGAUGUGAAGCUGAAUAUGAUCGACGAGCUACAUUGGUAAAGGAUCUGAAUCGAAAAAUUCAAGAACAUUGGAAUACAUUGGGUGUUACUGCGAAAGAUGAUCUGGAUCAGACCUUACGGAAAUUAUGGGCGUUGAAUAACGAUGAUGAUGAAGACACUGAAAAUAUGCUUCUAGUACCACUUGUAUCACCUGCGAAACUUGAGGAAAUAGCUCAAAAGCUAGAAUCUUUGACAGAAUUCAGGAGCGAGAGAGAAUUCCGAGUGGAUGAGCUGUUACACCAAAUUAUGAAAAUUUGGGAUCUCCUUAGCAUUGAUGAGGCGACUAGGGAGGUCUUCAAGGAUGAGAACUACGGACUCAGAGAGGAAAACGUGAAGAAGCUUGAAAACGAAUUGCAACGGUUGGCCGUUAUCAAGCAAGAAAGAAUGGAGGAAUUCAUAAAAAGGGCAAGACAAGAAUUGAAAAUGCUGUGGGAUCAACUUUAUUACAGUGACGAACAACGUCAGAAAUUCAAACCUGCCUAUACAGAGAGCGUUGCCGAUGAAAUACUGGAAUCACACGAAAAGGAAAUUACUCGGACACAUAUCUUAAUUGAAGAUCAGAAACAUAUACUUGAAAGAGUGGAAAAGCAUAUGCGUCUGGUAGAGGAAAUUAAGCAAUUCGAAGCAUCAAUGUCCGAUCCUAAUCGAUUAUUUGGUAAAGGCCAACGAGACCCGGGCCGCCUACUCCGCGAAGAGAAGUUCCGAAGGCGAAUCGCAAGAGAGUUACCGAAGGUUAAACGGGAGCUCAGGUCGGCAUUGCAAGAGUAUGAAGAAACAAAUGGGGAGCCAUUUUGUGUUUUCGGCAAGCCAUACACUGAAACGAUCGAUGAACAGGAGGAACAGGAACAAGCAAAACCAGUCCGAUCUUCAAGAGGUGUCAAGAGGGCGUCGUCUGAAGUGCUUGACACCCCAAAGAGAGGGGGGGAGAAACGAAUUACCAAGACACCUUCCACCACGCCACGUAACCGACCAAAGACACAGUUGUCAACUCCUCACCGACAUCCCACAGCGCAUUUGGAUAGUACGCCAAGCAACCGCAGAAAGAGAAUUCGAAGUCAUUUGGAAGAGGCAGGGUUGAACGAUGCAAGCGACAGUAUUUUGCACAAAGUUCGCGAGCAUAAUUUAAAUGCAUUGAAGUCUGCUUUGCAGCCAUUGAACGACAAUCAAUUGCCAACAACUUCUCCCAAGGUACCCGAGGUCUUUAAAGGUGUUGCUCGCGCAGGAUCGCCAACACUCAAAGAGAGAGUAGUAUGGAGUGACGAAGAAAUUGAUGAAGGGAUUUUUGAUGAUGGCCCAGAUCUUAGCGACCUUGAAAAUUAAGGUUUCGAAGUUGUACAACUGUAUAUGUCAUUGCAAUAAAAAAAUAGGUGGAAAAGCCCAAUGCUUUCAGCACUAAACCCAAAAGUACAGUCCAGUCAC